AUGUGGACAUUUGUUUGUAAAUUCACAAAGAGAAGGUGUGUUACAUAUUUAGCAAAAGAUGGGCUUGCACCCAGACAUGAAGAGGAUGAGUCUGCAAUUAGACAAAUGCUGAAAAAAUUUCGAACAAACCUGGGCACAGGAAAGACAUCAUCCACAGCACAACCAACAGACACCUGUUUUCGUUGCCACAAGCUAGGUCACUGGGCAGCAGAGUGCCCUGAAGGACAUGAACCAGAGUGGUUGGCACAACAGAAGUGCUUUUAUUAUGGACAGCAAGGCCACAUACGAUCAGCAUGCCCCAAUAAAAGUGACAAAACACAGCAUUUGUCUAAAAUCAAGCAAAACAAACCUCCAGCUAUAAAGCACACAUGGUACCCUGCUAGUACAUCUCUGGCAAAGCUGUUAGGUACUUUAACAUCUAAGAGUGUCAAUGAUCUUAAAUGUUAUCAACCCAUUCCUACACCACCCCCUCGUGAUGAUGACCCUCAGUUCUACAGACAGAGGAGUGGUCAGUGGUUUAAUUCUCCCAAAGGAAAAAUUAAUGGAAGCAAGGCUUCAACUGCCUUUGGAUGGUAUGGCAAAAAGGCAACGCUUGACUACUGGAAUCAAAUUUUAAGUGAUUUGCAUGGCUUGCCUACUAAAUCAGAUGAAUCAAAUCUUGCUAUGUUGUGGAGAUAUCUUACCUUAACAAGACGCUACGGAGCGUACACUUCGGCGUCGUGGUUGUGGAACUAAUUAAUUGUAAAUGCGGAGGAAUAGUAAGAAAUCAAAUAUGGUAAGAGUAAGGUGUUAAUUUGUGAAAUUAUGGGAUUUGUCAGGAUAUUCUGAAAAGAGCAACAUCCAAGAGGCCUACUUGCCAAAAAAUAGCAUUUCGGGACAAAUUGUCUCCAAGAUAUUAGCCAUACAAAUCCUUCUAAAAAAACAAUUCUCUAUUUUUCUUAGUCACAUCAGGCUUUAAAAACAGCAUAGCAGUCUCCUGUACUGAUUAAAGAUAUGUAAGGCAUGGGUAAGGAGUCAAUUGCGUUAAGCAUGGAAUUGGCUAAAACUCAAAGUCACGAGUUCCAAUGUUUUGAGGAAAAUUAUUCACUGGCUAUCAGCACGCAGGGAUGUCGGAUUAACACAAGGAAGUUUAACACCAAAGGAACAUAACCUUUACAGAGCUUUAAAACACAGCAUCCGCCAACACAAACUUGACUUGAACUUUGAGUAAAACUAAACAACCUCUACCAGUAAUAACAAACUCCCACUUGAACUUCAGAUAUCUUACGGCUUCCGCGAACUUGUAAACACAGAACCUGAAAAUCGACCUUCGUCACACUUGACUAAACAUAGCAGUCCAGCUCGUGGGAAAAAACUUAGUUCGUUAAAAGAACUCGCUUGGAACUUGAAUACCGUUUGACAUAAGGUUCUAGAAAAUACCAAACAGGCGAAUAGUAGUAGCUUUUCGACAUAUUUUAUGAUUUCAGUAACUGAUGCAAAUCUGCUGACUCAGGCUGAAAUGUAAACAUGCCCUAAUUAAUUAUUCAUAAAUAAUCCAAAAACGUAGAGAACGUUGGAGAAAGUCACGCAACGCAUGAAAGAAAUUUUACUACGUAACACUCAACAAAGACAAAAUGUCUGUGCAGCAUUUUGUAACUUUAAAUUCAUCAUAAAACAGGUCGAACGGAGGGCUCACUCGUGAAAUGUUUUUCAACACUCGAAGAGAAAUUUCGUGUCGCUGCGCGGCCACGAAAUAUCCUCUAUUUAUUCCUCGAGUAAUUAAAGACUAAACUCGAAGUGAUCUCAAGAUAUCACGAAGUAGUCCGGUCUCAUUUCGUGAAAUAGUUGAAACAAGCCGAAAAGUCACGAACUUUCACGCCCAACCUUGUCCCGAAACUAGUGCACCAUUUCAUAACUAUUUUUCAUAUCCAAACUACCUUGGGUCGCAGUAGCGCAAUCGGCUAAUCCCUCAACUUUGAGUCUCCUCUGAUCUGACGGGUCACACAGGUGAGUCGGUUCAAACCCCGAGAAAGCAAAAAUAAUAAUUCUUUCUUCCUCGAAAAAGUUAAAGAGUAUAUCAAAGAAAUCAAAGUGAUCUCGAGAUAUCUCGAACUAAUUCGGCGUCAAAUAGCCGAAGAGAACUGAAAACCCACAGACUUUGCUUGCCCAAUCUUGUCCAAAAAUUGCAACUUUGAUACAUUCCUGAGCGUCGCGAGUCCUUUACUUCGCGCUCCGCCGAAGUAAAAACUUCUUUCCGGAGGACAAAGAUGGAGUGGUUAUAAAAGAAAGCGGAAUUUGGCUUUUGAAGGAUGGAGACAACCAAGAAUGGUUAGGAUCCUCUCCAGAUGGUAUAAUUGAAUACAAUGGAAUUUUAAAAACUGUUAUUGAAAUAAAAUGCCCUUUCAUGGGAGGAAAACCUAUUCCUUACAAAAAUGUUUGCAUUAAUCAUAUACCCCAAAUCAUGUUGGAAAUGUUUUGCACAUCAACAAAACAAUGUCACUAUGUUGUCUGGACACCAAUUGGCACUAAAGUCUUUCUCAUAGAAAGGGAUAAUUCAUACAUAGAAUUGCUUCUAAACUGCCUCUAUAAAUUUUAGGACCUUGCAUCAAGAAAAUUUGAGCCAGCAUGGCAUGAAGAUGUCUUUGGGUUGAAGCAAAAGAGUAAGGAAAUUGCUUUGACAAGCCCUUGCAUAUAAUUCAUUUCAAACUCACUAGUAACACCAGAUGCUCUUUCUCAUGACGACCUGAAGAAAUUUGCACGUGUGCCUAAUGACAAUAAUCAAAAACAAAAAACAAAAAUACCUCGGAAAUGACAGGGCUGUAAGGAAGAUGAUUGGAAGCAGGGUUUGCAAAUUUUACUGAUGAGUGGUGUCAGUGUGACUUCUGCUUCACAACUGUUGGAGAUAUUUGGAGUUCCAGCAGGUGCUCCCGUCAUGUAUACACUAUCGUGAGGGAUACACGAAGUGGCGGUCCGCUGACCUGGAAAGCUCAAAUCCAUGAUGGCGGUCAUCGAGUUAACUUUGACCGUAAUUUACCCUCUUGCUGUUUUCUCGUGUAGUAUAAUUCUUUAAUUUCGAUGAUUUAUUUAAGGUCUAAAACGUUUACAAUUAACGUAAAUUAUAUUUGUUGCGAAAAAGGUAAGGACAAAACUGUAUUUGUUACCGAAAAUUUCUGGAGUCGAAGUGACUCCCUCCGUAACCUCAGUGGAGUCAUCCGAACAAUUUUGGCGUAAAAUACGUCACAUUUGGCAUAUAUGCGAACCGUGGGAAGUGUAAACUUAAUCCCUGUGAGGUACGGUUAAAGAGGACAAGUACGUGUAAUGCCUUAGCUACAUACCAGUCUUACAAGUAUGGCUCUAAUGGCAUACAUAACAGCUGCCAUCAAGACACUUUUCUUGAAGUAGCCUAUCAUGCAUUCAAGCAUCAAUUAAAUUGUCCUCCAAACAGUAAUCUAGGGGAAGGCCUCACACAACUGCUCAGUUCAUUUGUGUUAAGGGAAAAUAAAAAAUUUCGCGACAGCAAAAUGAACUUGUGGAGGCGGCUAAGGGACAAUACUAUUCAUGGCUAUACUUAUUAUGCCUAUGGGAAAGAGGCUGCCCUUGAUUCCAUUAUAUAAAGGCUUACAGAAACAAUGCCAAAUCAUCUAAAAGAAAGAUUUGCAUUUAAAACCAACUAUGCUCAAGCUUAUGCCAACGUGAAUGGAAGUCACAAUUCUUGCCGCAACUACACACAUAGUGCUUUUCCAGUUAGUAUCAAUGAUGUUUUAGAUAAUCACUUCCUCUUGAAAUCCCAAGAAUUUAUCAAUAUUGUUAAAGUUAUACAACAUAAAUUAACUUUAACCAUUUUUGUAGGACUUUCAAAAUCCUCUGUCCUGAUGGACAAUGAGUGUUGGCAAUUAGUGCAAACUCUGAUUGUGCCAUCAUUCCUCAGCGUGACACUUGUAAUGCCCCCAUACAACAAUCAACCACUGUUGUAAACUCACCUGAUAUAUUUUUGUGGGGUGCACACACAAUCCUAGUAAAAAGCAUAAAAAAAUUAUUCCAAGUUUACCAGUAGACAGCAAAUGCAACACGGAAGUUAAUCACUGCACAUACCGAAUUUCAGGAAUUGUUUAUCUGAAGUCCCAUCACUACUUUUGUGAAGUGUAUUCAACUCAGAGAAAUAAAAGUGGCUGGUACGUGUAUAAUGGUUUGUGGAAUAAUGGCAAAGCAACUUUUGUUGGAUCAAGGCCAUUAUUUCCAGAAAAGGAGAGUCUAUACUUGCUGAUGUUUGAAAAGAUCAAAUGUAACCAUCAUGCAAAUAAUGAUGGUGUUUCAACAACAUUUUAUAGGCCAAUUCAUUCCAACAACAAUGAAAUCAUGAAAGACAUCAUAAACAAACACAAAGUUCUGCUCUCAUUACCUGACAACAAAGUUAAACUUGACAACAUCAGAGCAAUUCUCCAUUAUCAUAACAUCUCCACACCAACAAAUAUUAAACUGGCAGACCUAAAGGAUCUCUUGCUACAGCACUGCAACAAUACAGAGUCAGUGCCAAUAACUUUUGUAUCAGAUUAUAGCAUGGAAAAUUAUGCUGAGGCUGAAGAGAGUGAACACUCUGUCACACAUGAGCAAGACACAUGUGUACUUGAAAUAAAAAGCUUCAAACGAAUUGAUUUAACGCCUACUAAGCAAGGUUAAACACCUGAGAGGCACCCACCAAAAAAUCAAAAAGUUGGAAGAACAGAAACAACUUCAGACAUUAGAGGUGGCAAAAAAAAGUCAAAGUGUAAAUCCGUUAAAGAGUUGAUUAAGAGCAUGACUACAGAAAUUGACAGUGACAGUAGUGAUGAUGAUCUUGCAAAAGCAUUUCAACCAUUAAUUGAUAAUGAAAUAUGUUCUUUCUGACACUUGAUGAACCCACAGAAAGUGAAAAACAUGCAAUGUCGACCAAAUCUUACAUUACUGAUGCAUUUGAUUAUUCGCAUGAAUUUCAAAUGGUCAAAGCACUAGAUCUUUGGGAAUAUAGGGAAUUUGACAGAUCUCUCAUGCCAAAAGCUGGCAAUAAUCACGAUCAUCUUGAACAAGUAAGACGUUUUAUUUUGAAAAAUGGUUUUCAAGAAUCAAUAAUUAUAUCAGUGAUCUUACAACUGGAAAAGCCUAUAUCAUUGAAGGAAACCAUCGUCUUUGGGUGGCCAUUCAGGAAGGUCUACCAUUCAUACCAUGUCGUGUUAUUCCUCACUGGCUGCCCCCCAACGGCUCUUACAAAAAGCUUGAAAUUGAUUUUUCCACUUUAA